UCUCCUUUCAUCCUCUAUUCUUUCCCUCUUCACUCUGUUGAUUUCAAUAACUUCUUUUGAUUCCACUGAGCUUCAACAAAUCUUCAGAAUUUCGAAUUGAAUCCUUUUUUUUUUCUGUUAUAAUUCACCGAAUCGUACGGUGAAAAGGAGAGAAUAUCUGCGAAAUGGAAUCCACUGUAACGAAUCCAUUGCCGAACUCGAAUUCCGACCGUGUCAGAAGGAAGAAGAAAAAGAAAACAUCAGCAGUGGCGGCGACGGCGACGUUGAAGACGAAUCAGCAGCGGCAGAACCAAAACCAGAGCAACAAUCACACCAGAUGGAAAUCCGAGGCGCAGCAACAAAUCUAUUCUUCGAAGCUGAUUCAAGCUUUGAGUCAAGUCAAUCUCAACGGUAACCAUUCUUCUCCUUCGGCUCCGCGUCGUGGACGAGCCGUUCGUGAAGCUGCUGAUAGAGCUUUGGCUGUAGCGGCUAAAGGGAGGACGAGGUGGAGCCGUGCUAUUUUGACGAGCCGUGUUAAGCUGAAGUUUAGGAAGGAGAAGGGACAGAGAAGUGGAUCUGUUUCUGCAGCGACGGUGAUUGGCGUUACCGGUAGAAACCGGUCGAGGAAACAGAGAUUUAGUGUUUUGAAAUUGAAAGCGAAAUCUGUUCAAAGGAAAGUCAAGGUUAUUGGUCGGUUGGUUCCCGGUUGCCGGAAACAACCGUUAGCGGUUAUUCUCGAAGAAGCAACUGAUUAUAUUGCCGCGCUUGAGAUGCAGGUUCGCGCCAUGAGCGCUCUUGCUGAUUUGCUUUCUGGUUCCGGCUCCGCCACCUCUAGCUCACCGCCGACCAGCCAGUGAAACCUUUUUUUUUGCUUAAUUUCCAAGUAUCAUCCUCUUUAUUUUUAAUUUUUCUUUUCUUUAUCUCCAAGUAAUCGUCAUCUCUCCUUGUUAAUAUACAUCCAAGUACUUUUCAUUUUUCAUCAAUUAUUUUCCUCCAUAUUAUGUACUGAAAUAUAUAUAUAUAUUCCAAAUAAAAAAAAUUGUAAAUGCUUGAUUUGUAGAGUCAA